AUGGGCAACAAGCUCUCCUGCAGUUGCGCACCCCUAAUCAGAUCAAAGACGUAUCGGUACGAGGACAGCCCAUGGCAGGCCGGUGCCAAGGGCGCGAUGGGCGGCGGAGGACGCAGGGGUGACACUGGCCACUUGCUCAGGUGCGGAAGCUUAAGAGAGAGGAAGAGGCUGUGGGCCGAAGUGUUCCAUGUAAACUCGAGCGGGGGUGGGACCGUCAAGUGGCAGCAGGUGUCCGAAGACCUGGUCCCGGUGAACAUCACUUGCAUCCAGGACUCGCCGGAAUGCGUCUUCCAUAUCACCGCGUACAACAGCCAGGUCGAUAAGAUCCUAGACGUGCGGUUGGUCCAGCCAGGUACGCGCAUCGGCCAAGCGUCGGAAUGCUUCGUUUACUGGAAGGACACCGUGACAAAUGACACGUGGGGGCUGAACUUCACGUCUCCCAUAGACGCGAAGCAAUUCAGAGAAUGCUGCUCACCGUCGUUCAAGAUUUCAAGGAAAGCGUCCUCUUCUUACUCGUUGAAGCUCGAGCCACCGAACAAGCAGAAGAUCAAAACGCGCCGAAAGCCGCUGUCGACGCCGGCCUCGCCGAGCCGAUCCAAAGAGCCUCAGUGCACCUGCAUGACGCCGGAACAGUUCGCCAGACUGCGCAGCCAAGACACCAGAUAUCGAAGUCCAUGCGGGCCGUCUACACUUCCACGGACCAUGGGGCGAUCCACGGAAAUGGACAUGCCGGGACGAGACAAGAUAACAGCGGCCACAUCCAGCGCAUCCCUCUACGACAACGUUAACAAUACUAGCUCAACACCUGGGAAAACACCAAAGGCCGGCGACUUGGCCAAGCAGAAGGAGAAGCAGAUCGAGACGUGUCAGAUAAUCCCGAAGACUGCCAACGUUGGAAUCGGAACGGUCACAGUAGGAUCACAGAUCGACAGUCCCGACGAGAAAGGCUCUGCGAUAUCGCCGAAGAAGCCGAAGCAGAGCCAGGACACGUCCACGCAGCAGAACGGCAUCGAGCUGCUCAAGUCGGAGGGCACUCAGGCCGGCGGCACCCUGCAGAUCAAGUCGCUGCGCAAGGAACAGCUCCACCACACCAGAUCGGCCGACUACACCGAGCUAGAGAUGCACAACGGCAACCUCUUCAACAUCGUUAACAAUAAUCACGGCGGCCACAGGUCGAAGAGCAAGAGCACCGACGACAUGCGGAUCGAGAACGCCCAGAACGGCGGCAUCAGCUUAGACUCGAACACCCUGAAGCGCAUGCUGAAGCCGAUGCCGAGCAUCGACAGCCCGGUGACGUCGCCGGAGAUGACGAGAAAACGUCACAACCACCACAGCUAUCACUACCAUCCGAGCAAUAACAAUCAGAAGUACAUGAUGCAUGAGGUCGACAACGAGAAUUAUGCGCAUCCGUAUCGCGCGCCUUAUAACAACAAGUUCCAGGGUUCCAGGAGCGCCCACGAUAUGAGUCGGCAAUACUCCGGCGGCAGAGGCAGGACGUACUUAGAUUCGGAACGUAAUCGGUGCACAGGUGACAUGUCGCCGCCCUCGGACAAUAUCAUCUUCGAUAACCAGUGCUAUGCCACCACGCCGAGCUCGUCGAACGGCAACUCCGACAUGGAGCAGCCGAACCACUGCAACUCACGCCGCUGCAACGGCGGCCAGACAUAUCAGCAGAGCAUGCAGUCGGUGUCGACGCCGGGCAGCCCGACCAGCCGGCUGCUCCUCGAGUACGAGAUGCAUCUCAGGAACACCCUCGCCAAGGGCAUGGACGCGGAGAGCUACAGCCUGCGCACGUUUGAAGCCCUGCUCACGCAGAGCAUGGAGAACUUGGAAUUUGCGGAGAACAUACCGUUGAACGUUCAGCGCACGCCCCACGCUUCACGAAGACGCUCCAGCUCCAACAAGUCGUCGACCCUGCCGCUGUCUUAUCGCUACUGCAACGAGAGGCAGAACAGCAAGGACCGCGACGGCUAUUACAGCGAUCGCAACGAGAUGGUGAGAGAGAAGAGAGAGCGAGACCCCGAUCGGGAUCGCGGCUAUCUCAGCGACUACAACUCUAGAUGCGCCAGCUGCAUCGGGGAGUCCGCGCGCGCACAGUGGUUCCGGCAUUCCGACGGAUGGCAGUCCGGCAGCUCGACCUUCGGCUCCGGCGCCUCGAGUUCGAUAAAUCCAGGAUACUCGGGACACAAGAGAGAAUCGCCCUGGGAGUCUCUGCCGUCCCUGAGACACGAGGGCAGUCUCAACGAUAGCGGUUACAAGUCCAAUCGGACUGACUCGCUCGAGCAAAGAGGUACUUUCGACAGGCAGGACAGCGUCAGAUCUGACUACAUGCCCGACCGGGAUGGCAGAUACGGAAUCGUUCAACAAGCCUCAUUGGAGAGCACCGACUCGAGGCUCUGCUACUUGACGUCUUCCGAAAUGUCGGACGAUGAUAGGAUGUCACUCACCACCGCCGUCAGUGACGAUGACGACGGCGAGAGUGGUAUACAUUCGCCCUAUCGGAAGCAGACCGGCGGCACGGCUGCAAAUUCGUUCAAUUGCACCGGCGCAGUUCGGAAGGCGGGAUAUCUCAGCGUGAAGAAAUGGUUGCUGCGCAAGAAGCAUCAGAUCGAGCUGGCCAAGAAGAGAGGCUGGAGGGGCUAUUACGUCUGCUUGAAGGGGACCACGCUCCUCUUCUACCCCUGCGAGUCGCAGGAGAGCAGGGCCAUGGAGGCCGCACCUAAACAUCUGAUCAUCGUCGACGGUGCGAUUAUGCAGCCGAUCCCCGAGCACCCGCGCAGGGAUUACGUAUUUUGCCUGAGCACCGCGUUCGGGGACGCCUAUCUGUUCCAGGCGCCGUGUCAAGUGGAGCUGGAGAACUGGGUGAACAGUAUUCAUUCGGCGUGCGCCGCCGCGUUCGCGCGUCAUCGCGGCAAGACCGGCACGCUGCAUCUGCUGCAGGAGGAGAUCUUCCGUCUGGAAAAGGCGAUCGAGUCGGACCACAAGAUGAAGCACAUGGCGGAUCUUCAGCAAUCGGUGGUUUCCGACGUCGAUACCAAGCAGCAGAUCAACAAUCAAAUAGUACAGUGGGAGGAGAACUUGGAGCGGCUCCACUGUGAGCAAUUCCGCCUGCGGUGCUACAUGGCCAGUUUGCAGAGCAGCGAACUGCCCAAUCCGAAGAGUCUACUGACGCACGUGUCUCGCGCCACGAAGCUAACGCUGAACAUGCUGGGUAUCUCGUGUAGCGUGUUCAACGUGUCGUCCUUCCACGCGUUUAUCUGCGCGCGUAGCCCGUCCCUGCUAAAUAAUUUAUUGGCGGGUCGCGGAGCAACGAAGAGACGACCGCCGCUGCUGUCGAGAUCGAACAGCGGCUCCAGCAGGCGGUCGCUGCAAAUCUCGUCCAGGGACGAGGAGAAGAGCGUGAAGGUGUCCGUGCCAGAAAAUCAGGUACGAUCGUCAGGACAUCGGCUGGUCUCGGUGUUCCUGCGUGACGCCAUGACCGUGGAGGAGUUCCUGGCGAGCGCGUGCACCAGGAAGAAUCUCAAUCCGAUGGAGCACUUUGUGCGCGUCAAGAAGCGCCGGGAUAUGGAGGACCAUAACUACUUUGUGCCACCUAGGACUGAUUUGAUAGAAACUUAUUUGCAUACGCAUGAAAUCGUGGAAGUCUGUGCCAAGAUUUUAUAUCAAGUGGAAUUGCAAAGAAACACUUUAGAGCAAAUGUGGGGCUUCUCCGUCGAGGCGGAGCUCAUAGAAAACGCCGAUAGGCAGGACGAGCUCUGCUGCUACGUUAGUAGAGUGGAAGACAAGAGCGUCGCCAUGCAAAACGGAAUCAUUAAGGGCGACGAGAUUAUGAUAAUCAACGGCUCGGUCGUAAGUGACCUGGAUAUGAUGUACUUGGAGAGCGUUCUGCAGGAAGAGGUGGGUCUCUGCAUGAUGAUGCGAUCCUCCAGGACGGAGCCGCCGGAUCUCACGGGCAUUAUGCGAGUCACCGAUGACAUAAUUGACAGCCUGGUCUGCCCGCCGCCGCCCACCGACCCGCCAGUAAUCAGCGAAGAAAUGAUUUCCGGUCUGAUUGUGCCGGCACCCGGAUGGAGUAAGGAGAACAUUGUGCAGGAAUGUUCGUCGGCCGGUCACAUGGAUAACAAGCAGUCCUCGCGCACAAAUUCCUUCGAAAUCGAGAACCUCCUGAAGACUGCCGAACAAGUGACAGGGAUCUGCCGUUCUCCAGGUGAGACCAGAAAGUCGAGUCCCACCGGAAGCGUCGUCAGUUCCCACUCGCAGGCUCUCACACCGAGCCGGCAGCUUAGCGACGCUGAGAAGCUGAAGAAAGUGAUUUUAGAACUGAUUGAGACUGAACGGACUUACGUAAAGAAUUUAAAUAAUUUGCUGGAGAACUACUUGGAACCCCUUAAACGCGAGACCUUCCUGUCGAACGCGGAGAUCAACGCGCUGUUUGGUAAUAUCCAGGAAAUUGUAACGUUUCAACGACAGUUCCUGCAGAAUCUCGAUCACGCCAUCGAGAUGGAGGUCGAUUUCAAUAACUUUGACCAUCCGAGUCAAUUUAAGGGAGUCCUGUUUUCCAUUGGAAGUGCCUUCUUAUAUUACGUAAAUCACUUCAAGCUGUACAGCUCGUUUUGCGCCAGUCACUCGAAGGCUCAGAAAGUUUUACAUCCAAACGAGGGAAAUCAAGCUUUACAAGAGUUCCUGCAAGCGAGAAAUCCUCGGCAGCAACAUUCGUCGACCUUAGAAUCGUACUUGAUAAAACCUAUACAAAGAAUACUCAAGUAUCCGCUGCUGUUGCAACAGCUUAGGAACCUCACCGAUGAACGAAGCGAAGAACACCAACACUUAAUCGAGGCGCUCAAAGGCAUGGAAAAGGUGGCGGAGCACAUAAACGAGAUGCAAAGAAUCCACGAAGAAUACGGCGCUAUUUUCGAUCACCUGUUUAGGCAACACCAAAAGUCGUGCAAACAGUCGAUCGACCUAAGUCCAGGAGAUCUUUUGUACUACGGCGGCGUCGAGUGGCUCAAUAUUUCCGACUUCCUCGGCAAGAUAAAGAAGGGUCUGGAGCUGCAUGCGAUGUGCUUCGUAUUUAAAUCGGCCGUCGUGUUCCUGUGCAAGGAAAGGUUGAGACAGAAAAAGAAGCUCAUGGGAGUUUCGACGAAGGCUAAUUCAAGCGAGGUAGAAAUCAUCCGUUACCAAGUGCUGAUCCCGGUGACAGAAGUCCAGGUCAGGGCCAGCUCCGCCAAGGAUAUGGAGUCCCACUUCUUGUGGGAAUUGAUUCAUCUAAGAAGUCAAUUACAAAGGAGGCCGGAGAAAGUAUACGUACUCUCCAACAGUACGACGGAGUUCCGUAACGCGUUCCUGAAGACGAUUCGGCAGAUUAUUCGUGAAUCGGUGAGAAACAUGAACAUACCCUCGACGAAGCAGAAUCUCAGCCAUGCGUCGAUGUCGAUGGCACCGCGAAUGUCGACCGGCCACGUGGAAAAAUUUAACAAGCAACAAGCCAGUCAAGGACAGGCGCAGAACGGAAAAGACGUGACCACUACGCUCUCGAAGAAGGCGAUGAAGCAGCAGCUGCUGUCCAGUUCGCACAAGCGCAAAUACAGCCACUCGAAACAGCCGGUGGAGCACGAGAGCUCGGAGGAUAAGGACCAGGAGGAUGCGCCGGUUCCCCAGCAGCAGACAUUUCGCUCCAGGAGCAAGACCAUAAGCGACACUUCCGGCGAGGUGAAGGUCGAGAUGGAUUCGGGUACAAAGUCGGAAGGUGAGGAAGACUCGCAGGUUUUUUUAGGCGAGAAGAAGACGAACCUCGGCCGCACACCUAAUCAUCUGACGCUAAGCACCACGUCGACCAUCUCGGCGGGGAGUACUGGCAGUCAAGCUAGAUUGAUUCAGUCUUCCCAUCAGCCUGAGAACUAUCAACCUAUUUCCGUCAAGGAACUUGGUUCGCCGAUCUGGAAGCCACGGGAGACGUCGUCCUCCCUGGGGGAGGCCACCACGUUGCCGCGCAAGGGUAAGUCGGCUGGCGGACACGAGCUCGCGGAGAUGAGCUCGAGCCAUAGCGCCUCCCGAAAGUCUCUGAUAGAAAUCAACAAUUGUGCUCAACAACCUAACUUUAAUAAUCACGUUUAAGUUGAAUAAUAUCGAGGCUGACUCGCUAACGAGGUAAUACCGUUAAGUUACCACCGCCAUUAAACGCGACCGGCACCACCACAACCACCACAAUCACCACCACCACCACCACUACUACCAUUAUCAUCACCACCGACAUCACCUACCAUCUACCACAACCGAGCGUAAUAUACAGAGAUAAUUAUCCGGUUAAUGCGAUAAUCACGAUAACGAUACGCGAGGAGCACGCAUCUGCCGCCCACGUGGAAAUUCGCGAAGACUGCGCUUUCUCCCUUUGCUCUCUUCCUCAUUUCGUCUUCCAGCAGGAAAUUCGUAUAUGCUUGCGUGCGUGCGUGCGUGCGUACGACGCAGUCGACUGUACCAUUUGUACGAGAGCAAGCGAGAUGCUUGACCGGGCUUCCUCCUCGCUCUGGAGAAUCUGAUCGGACCCGAGUAUCUCCUCCUUCCUUCUUCUCUUGGCGGUCGACAUAUUCAAAUAGUUAAAAAAGUAAAAAAAAAAUUAACGACGUAAUAUUAAAGUUAAGCUAAAGGGUGUGUCAUUAAAUUAAGAUAAGAAUGUCAAAGACUUAUGGUAAAUAGUUUUGAUUUUGACAAUCGCAACGCGGACGGUCGAUCCCGAAGCCAUGGAAGGUCGAGGCGAUGCCGAGCAGAUCGCUGGCUCUGAAAACGAAUAAUCCGAUGGCGAAUAACGAAUCGUUAACGAAUAGCCGAUCUUGGUGAUCGAGCUAAAGACUAGAUCCAAAUAACGGAGAAUCUCAAUUAUAAGACUUAAGCUCAUCCUGCUUACAAUUAAUGAAUAGUUAGCUUCAUACGCUUCAUUUUAUACAUAUUGUUUCUUAUUAGUUUCGGGCUCUCCCUUUUUAUUACGGGUGUAAGAAAUUGCGACUGUAUUCAAUUUUAAAUAUCUUUAGGGGAAGUCUUUGUGUGCGUUUCAAGUUAAAUCAAGCAUAAAGUUUUGGUAUCCAGUUUUAUACUCGCAAAAAUUUAUUUAUUUAAACAUAAAAGGAUGAUAAUUUUUUUAUGCUGGCCGAUAAUUUAUAAAUAUAUAAAAUAAAGCGCUUUCCAUAUUGCAAGAUCCUGUACGUAUAAGUACACGCAGAAAAGGAAGAAACUCUAAGGCGAGAUUAAACAGUCGAGACUGUUAGAGCAACGUGCCUGAGAGAUCUAGGAACGAUGGGUCAAGCCGUCGCUUCUCGAAUACGUAUUUCCGAUUUAACAGCAUCCGCCGGCAUAAAGUUUCAGCGUGUCGCCAGCUUUACGAGAUUCGGUUGUCUUUUCGAGAGUCGCCGGUGAUCGAGGGCUCCGUCCCUCGAUCCUGUCGAUCCCAUUUUCCGCGUGGACGGCGGCGCGGAUGGCCCGGGGAGAUAAUCGACUCUGUAAAUAAUGUAAUAAUGAUAUUUGUCGUCACAUACCACGUCACUAUGAUUACGCCGUUACCACGAUCGCGAUCGAGCGCUCGCGCGUGGGCGCGCCCGUCACGUCGCUCCCCGUCGUUCCACACCCCACGUUCCCCACAUCCUCCCAUUUUUUUAUUAUUAUAUGAAACCGUCGUGAUGCGCGUCACGCCAUUGACGAUCGCCGGGUGACGUGAGGACCGUAAGGGUAGUCGGAGAGAGGCUUAUAAGAUCCACGUUUAAAAAAAAGGGGGGAAGAAGAAACAAGAGAUCGAAGGUGCGAUUCGCGCGCGUAGCGAGUAAGUCUUAGUUGUUAAAGAGAAAUCAAUUAAGAUAUGUCGUGUGUGUGUAUAUAUAUACAUGUAUAUACACGCACACAGAAAAUAUAUGUAUACAUACUAUAUAAUAUAUACGAAAUAUUAUGUGAGAAAGAAAGAAAGAGAGAAAGCGAGAGAAAGGGUAGAUUUGUGAAUUGCAUUGUAACGUCGUCCACGGUCCCCUCCCCCAAAAAAGAAAUAAAAAAAAACGUUCCGCCGCGUGUUAACCUGUUUUCAGGGUCGAGCAUCCUCGCCAAUAUAGCAGACUUUAUUUUUAACGUUACUUAAGAUACAAAAGAGAGCGAGUGAAAGAGUCUACGUGUGUGCAUGAGUGAAAAAGGGAGAAAAAUGAGAGAGAGAGAGAGAGGGAGAGAAAUAUAGCGAGAAAGAAAGAGAGAAUGAUAAUCAGAGUGCUCGAGACCGAAGCUACGAAGUGAGAUGCGCCGGUGUAACGACGAUGCGUUAAUGGCCCGUGAUUAGUAUGCAAGGAGAAUGAAUGAGAGAGAGAGAGAGAGAGAGAGAGAGAGAGGGAGGGAGAAAAAGAAAGAGGGGGAGAGAAAGCGAGAAAAGGCGCACACUCGUACUUUAAAACGUACACAUUGAAUUUUAGGGACGGCGAGUGGUAUUGGCACUGGAACCUUUCACGAUAAUCCGACACAUAUACCGCGUUGUUAAUGGGUAUUACGAUAAAUUAAGAAUGGUAUCGAAGGAUUAAUACGUGUAAAUUAGACGACAGAAAGUAUCCACAUAGACGUAUACCUACAACCAGAAAAAUAUGUAUAAAUAAAAAUAUAUAUAUACACACACACACACUUACACAUACAUACACAUACACACUUUCACACACGGCAUGCAAACGCUUCGAGCAUAAUUGGUGGUGAGAGCUGGGGGUGUUCUCCAAAGAGAGGAUAUCUUCUUGAAACGCACCGUGGGGUUUAUUCUCCGAAUGUUUUUCGCGAGUGUCUCAAAACAUGCCGGCACUAUUCCCCAAGAACCUCCCAAGAGACCCCCUGGGAACCUUCGGGGAAUAUUUCCCAGAGGACGGGAGAGCGUUCGAAGGUUCACCGAGAGAUUCCGAAGAACAUUCCGAGAAUAUUCUUCCGCCACCUCUCAUCACCACGCGCGCAACCUGUGUGCAUACUCGAGGAAUGUGGAUGUUGCGCACAACGACGUGAUCGAUCAGCCUUAUCGGACGUGAAGGGAGACGUUUACGAAUUCGCGGCGAUCGCGAUCCUUCGGUCGAGAGUCUUCGAUUCUGGUAUCGUUCCUUUAUCUAUGGUUCCGCAGCUGCGAAAUUAGCACUGAUCACUGUAAACCGGUUAGCGGACUCGGAAUCACAUAUUAUGAGCUUAGAUCUUCCUCAACGUCUACUUGACGUUGGUACUCUCUAAAUUUGUUGGAGUGGAAUCUCACUCUUUUGGAGUGAGAUUUGUGACAGUUUCGCUUAUUCUGCUGAUUGUCACGAAAGAACCGUCCCGGCCCGAUGAUGACUGGGUCCCUUACUUGCCGGGCUAUCGUGAUCUUACGAGUUCGACGGCCAUCCAGUGGUGGAAUACCGUAAAUAACUUUAAGUUGGAGUGAAUAUUGGAGUGCUGGCGACUUUACUUAAAAAAUAGGAGUGAAAUUUUUCACUUUUUGUCUUAGAGUGAAUUAAUUCACUCGAAUAGAGCGAGGUGGUCAGUGACACCAUGAUUCGAGUGAAAAUUUCACUCCAAAAAUUUUAGAGAGUACGACGUUAAAAUUCAAGCCUCUGUAUCGAUAUCGGCCGGCACCGAUCGCACCGGUAUCGCUUACGAUCAUUAUCGAGAGACUUUCCGCAGCGAUAUAUUGUAACGGAGAUCAAUCGGAGGUGUAUACGGAAUUAUCGUUUAGAGAUCGUUAACGUCCUUGGGCUCGGGAAUCGACGAUCGUUUGCUGGUCGUGGACGAAGGACUCAAUUGCCAAUCAAUGGAAUUUGAUAUAGUCAUAUCGAGUACUGACACGCAUACGCACAUAUUCAACACACCGUCGCCCGUGACGGUCCGCGAUCCGAACGCGCUUCAACGGGCUGUCUUUGUGUUUGAAGUGAAGCAUACUAUUAUAUAAAUAUUAUUAAAUAAUAUUUUGAUAUUAUAAUAUUGUAAUAUUACGAUAUAUUGCACAGCGUUAUAAUAGUAAAAUAUUAUACAACGUUAUAUUACAUAUAAGUUUAUGACAGACAAACGAAAGGGAUCGAGUCGUCAAUGUUGCGCGCAACAUCUGGGAGAAAAAGCAAGAGACUUCGUUCUAAAAAUUUGUGAAACCGCUCGAUCGAAAUCGCCGGGAUUCAAUGACGUGACGAAUGUUUCCACAUUGACGCCUUUCGGAAAAGACGAUCGCGUCGAUACGAGAGAGAAACAAAAUGUCGUAUUAAUACGUAUUCGCGAAAUCGCGUCAAUUAUUAGUAUAUUUCCGAGGAGUGUAAUUAUACGAGUACUAAUUAUACCGGCCGGGAUACUAUUGUACAGUGUGCAUAGGCUGACGAAGGCGGGAACGGCGGUGACGCGUUUGAUCCUUUCCUUUAUCCUUCGUGGCGAACCGCGGGAAUUUUAUCCGUAAUGUCUGAUGAAUGUUUUAUCGAACGCUGUAAUAUUGCUUCCAUCUCGGGCGCGUUACCAUGCAUGCUGAUGUGCGUGUUACAACAGAGAUUUCUUACGAUUUUACGAAUCACCGCGGAUACCUCUGCGACACGUGCGUGCUUUCACGAAAUUGCGUCAAGUGGUAAAAUUCGUCAGCUUGGCUGCCAGUCGUCUCCUACGUUCGUGAUGACUUUAUAAAAAUUGUGUGCUGCUUUUCGCGCUUCACAUUACAAUUGUUGGGUCUAUUAAGAGUAUCGUAUUCUUUCGCAUCACAUGUUGCGCUCAUUUUCAUUAUGUCAGCGACAUUAAUUUCUUAAUAGAAAUAAUUGAAUUUCAACGAUCGCACAUUUUGUGCCAUAUACUUCGGUCAUAUCUCGCAAAUUAUUUUAAAGUCGUCAAUGAAGCACAAAAGACCGGAGCUAUUAUUUUCAGGAAAGAGGGACAGGCAGUCGAGAACGUGGGAAUCAAUUACAUCCUGCAAAUUCUUUUAUGCUGAAAAAUCGAUCGGGCGUUCGCCGAGGUUUAUCUCGAAGCACUCGCGACAAGAAUGACAGGGGCUCUUUCUUUUUUCUUCCGCUCGAAGUCGAGUAUGCCAUUAUGCACGGAUCCUGCCAUUCUGCGCGAAAGUAAUCUACCGAAAGACAGAAUUGUCAGCGAGAAUUGAACUGUAAAAUCGCGACACUCGAGAACGUGGAAUUUAUGUCAGCGAAGAAAUUGCUGCGGCGAGACACGCCGUUCCUCGGGGGGGAAAAACACGUCGGAAUCUUCUUUCCUUUGUUCAUCGGAGAAUAUGUGUUGGAAAAGUGACGAACGUGGUGCCAAAAUUGUCGUAUAGCAAUAAUUAGUAGGAUUAAUAUCAGACUGACUCAUAAUAGUGUUCAAGCGCGGGAGUUCGUCUAAAGGUGAGGUCUCAAUGGGGACUUAUCGCGAUUAGCAGUCGUAUAACUUUGACAAUUAGUACCUGCUGGUCUUUAAUCGCUGACUAAAGAGUUGUGCCCAACACCAAAGGCGCACGUAAAAAUAGAAAUUCAAGAGUUACUACAGAAGCACGCUAACGUAUCGACAUAAAUAAAUGGGAAUUUACGUAAAAACUUAACGCAUUGAAAGAAAGAUAACAUUAUCUCGAAUGACUUCAGUGACUCAGCGCUGCGAUUUUACAGUUUGACUUUCCUGAACGAUUAAUUACGAUAAGCGGAACGAGUUCGUUAAUCGUAACUUUUUCGGAUUAUAAAGCCAUUGUUAAUUUUUGCUCGGACAGACGAGUUGCUAGGAAAUUGCUGUCUAAAAUAAUGACGCGAGUUAAAAUCAUUUUACUUCGGAAUGAAUUCUCCUGAUUUAACGCCAGAAGUGUGUUUUGUAGAAUUUAAUUGCGAGGAAAAAUUGAGACGCGUAGUUUUAGCGAUUUUAGAAUUCAACCUUUUCUAGAUUAAUUUCAAUCGCUCGGAAGCUCGUUGUGGCAAUAAAGAGGAUGGCAGGAAACGGGAGAUACGAACAGAUACCCAUCACGUAAACGGGCACACGUGGACACAAUUCACGUGCGAUCGCGCGAGACACGUACACGAAACAGUCACACACAAAUAUAUCUAAUAAGGCAUCGGUUAAGAUCUGACAGCGAAAAAAAAAUAAUAAGAUACCUACUUACUAAUUACUAUAGGCGAGAACACACGUGCAGAUUUAAGGGAAAAAAAAACUUACGGAGGACCUUCUGUUGCUCGAAUUAUUGCAUUGUCUACUAUAUAUAAAUUUUAUUGUAUAAAUUCUGUCGAGAGAGGGGCGCCUCCGAGCGAGAGUCGAUGUUUCUUUUUCUCCUCGACCCCCGUGUCCCUCCCUGUCGGAGGAUCUACGAGGACAUUCGAGAGAAAGAGGCCGAGGAAAGUGCGUGGCACACCGAGGAGCCGCGCUCGCGGAUAACAGCGAUUGUAUUUAAGUUACUGUCGCGAGAUACAUCGAAAAGGUAGCGUUUCCCAUAGUUGACGACUCCCGAAAAUUAUGUUCCAUUCGAGCCUCGUGGAGGACAAUCUCGAAUGUCCAUAGAUGGCCUGCGAUAAAUGCGAAAGUCUGUUUAUCCUUAUCCCAACGCGGGCAUUAUCUCUGAUAAAUGUUAAGUCCAGCCCGCAGCUGUGUAAACAAUGUAGAAAGCACGAUUGUGCAUUCGAAGUGCGGAUACGCUCUCUUCUAUCACGCACGUAUAGGUGACGUUGAAAAGCGCCUCGCCGCCGCCACCUUAUCGCGGCCAGGUGUCUUCUAGCCGGAGUUAAUCGGGCUUAAGAUAGUGCCUCGCAUUUUUAUCCUUAUCUUCUCACUUAAGAAAUCUUAUGAAGAGUUUAAAAACAUGAUAUUAUCAAAGGUUAAGGUUCAUUCAAUACAGUCGUUUCUAAGAACACGCGCAAAUGUACGUUCUUUUUUUGAUCUAUUAUCUCCAAGAAUCAUUUUGUCACGCACGUUACAUUCGCCGAAGCUCCGUGUGCGAAUAUUAAGAUAGGAAAAAGAAAAGAAGCGCGAAAGGCGAUGCUAUAGUCCGCUGACGCUUAAUCUUUUAUAAAUCUUUCUUCCCAAUCAGCAGUAAAAAGAAGACGUAAUAAUAUAUCCCGCAGAAAGCAGGCGAGUGAUUAAAUGACCGUUAAAAAAAAUAGAUCCUUUCGCAUAAAUCGACGCCAGAUAUUUACGCCCAGUAUCCGUUGGGUAUUCAAUAAAAAUAGUUUGCGAGGAGGGUCGAACGAGAGUCACCAGCCGGAUUGCCCGCGAUUGCCGACGGACCCAACCCCACGUUUGCGCACUUUCCUCGGCGACAAGUCAGGAGAGAACAAAAAUCGAACAGGGUCGAGACACUCCAGCUCGGAGACGUAUCCCAAUAGUUGGCCUAGUACCGAGUUUCAUAUUUUUCGCCCCCCCCCCCCCCAACCGGGUACGCAGUGGAUCGUCGAACGAUUGAUCGUCUAUUGUAUGAUUAUUGACAUUCUUCCAGAAAUUUUAUUGAUAGAUAUAUAUAUAAACUUUAUCGCUACCGUUGAACAUAGUAAUAUUUGGGGGUAUAUACGAUUAGGGCGAUACCUUGGGUAUUUAUUGGGGACACUGAGAAUACUAUAUUGAGAGAAAGAAAACGAGAGAAAAAAAAUAAAGGGAGAAUAAAAGGUGAGAGAGGGGUCUGAGAGAGGAAUGAGUUGGUAGGAUUAUUAUAUAUAUAAAUAUAUAGGAUAUAUAAGAGAAAAAGAAGAGAGAGAGAGAGGGAGAGGAGGAGACGUUAGGGGUUGAAGAAAAGGACGGGGGCGGGUGAUAACGAAACGAAGAUGAGAUAGUGUGUAACGAUGUAAUGAGUCUUUCCGUAGGAAACGCGAAAAGGACGGAGAUAUAUACGGGGACGAGUCUCUUCCUUGCGUUGAACGUAAAGCGAGCGGGGCGGGUGGCGAGAACCAAGGAUGAGAUUAAAUGUUGCGAGCGUAUGCGAGCGGGAAUAUAUAUGGUACGUGCAAGAGAGAAAGAGAGUAUAAAAAGAACCCUUUAUGUUUUCUCAACUCGUUACGUGAACGGUACGUUAGCAUGGGGAUAUAUUAUGAUUACGAUGAUUGCUAUAUUCGUUGUUAUUGUUCCUCGGUUGUAUGCGGAGACGUUUAAGAGUGAUCCAUUUGUACAAUCAUUGAGUCAUUAAAAUAUGAUUAUUCAUUAUGGAAA